UGGACGGUGUUUAGCUGGAAAGUCCCUUCGUUUGCGGCUUCGCAGAGCUGUCGCUUACAACCACCCAGUCCCAUGUCGCUUCCUCGAACGAUUUCGCGCUGUUGACCUUUCGCUGAGAGGGAUUUUGAGUGCGUUCGCCACACGGGAGUGCCUGUUGCAAUCCGAAAGCUGACUAAACUCCUGAUUCCUGGAUCCAGCGUGGCGUGACGCGGCGAGGGGGAGUGACAGAGGUGGAUUCCCCCUCGCACAGGGGUCCAAAAUGGGCUGCGAGAAAUCCGAGAAGGACCUGGAGACCCCUCCAAGCGAGGCGAGCAGCUAUUCCAUCAGUCUUCCCGGGCCCCUGAACAUCGAAGAGAAAAAGUACCUUCUGGCGGUGGAGAGAGGGGACCUGGCCAACGUGAAGAGGUUCAUCCAGUCCGCUUACAAGGGUGGCGUUAACGGCUUAUCGGUGGACAUAAACUGCAUGGACAGCCUAGGUCGUGGCGCCCUGUCCCUGGCGAUCGAGGCUGAGAACUUGGAGAUGGUCGAGCUCCUAGUGGUGAUGGGCGUCGAGACCAAGGACUCCCUUCUUCGAGCAAUCGACCAGGAGUUCGUGGAGGCUGUCGAGCUGCUGUUGGAACACGAGGAACUUCUUACAGCCGAAGCUAUACGCGAGAACAAUCUCAAGGAAAUCACUCACAGCUGGCAGAAGGUCGACCCAAUAUCCGCCAGAUACCCACCGGAAAUAACGCCGCUGAUCCUGGCCGCCCAGAGGAACAACUACGAGAUCUUGAAGCUACUGUUGGACCGUGGAGCGACCUUGCCCAUGCCUCAUGACAUCAAAUGUGGAUGUGCCGAUUGCCUUCGAUCGACCACUGGUGAUCCUCUGAGGCUGUCAGCUACCAGGAUGUCCGAGUACAAGGCCCUGGCUAGUCGAAGCCUCAUAGCCCUCAGCUCACCAGAUCCCCUGCUGACUGCCUUCCAGUUGAGCUGGGAGCUUCGCGACUUGGCUAUCGCCGAACCUGAAAGCAGAGGAGAGUACUUGAAGCUUCGAAAGCAAGUGGAAAAGUUCGCCGUCGACCUCCUGCAACAAGUACGAACCACGACCGAAUUGCGCACCAUACUCGACUACGACCCGCAGGACGAGAACAAUUUGGCCACGAAGCAGUUGGUCAGAUUGGAAUUGGCCGUGCAAUAUAAACAGAAAAGUUUCGUCGCCCACCCCCGUGUGCAGCAACUCUUAGCGGCGAUUUGGUACGACGGGCUGCCAGGUUUCCGGCGGAUGUCCACGUGGGGGAAGUGCGGAGUCCUAGCGAAAACCGCCACGAUGUUCCCUUUUUAUUCUAUAAUGUACCUGCUGGCGCCCGAGUCCAGGACGGGCCAGCUGAUGCGAAAACCCUUCGUUAAAUUUCUCGUGCACGCCUCGUCCUACGUCUUCUUUCUGUUCAUUCUCAUGUUGGUGUCGCAACGUGCAGAAAUGGAACUGACGAAAAUAUUCAGCAGCGAUGAGUCGAAAAGAGAGAUCGAAGCCAAUCUGGCCAAGCAAAGAGGCGCGGCUCCGUCGUAUUUAGAGGGUAUCGUUGUCUUAUACGUUCUUGGAUUUAUUUGGCAAGAGAUGAGAGAGGCUUACGUGGACGGACUGAAGGCCUACCUAAGGGACAUGUGGAACUUCAUCGACUUUACCAGGAAUUUCUUCUACAUCGCGACCGCUGUGCUGAGGACAGCUGCGUACCUUCAGCAGAGGGCCGAGAUAAGGCAGGACCCGAUGGCUGCUAUGGUGCCAAGGGAGACUUGGAGCGACUUUGAUCCUCAGCUGAUAGCCGAAGGCCUCUUCGCAGGGGCCAACGUCUUCAGCGCUUUGAAGUUGAUCCACUUGUUCAGCAUCAAUCCUCACUUAGGCCCUCUACAGAUAUCCUUGGGUAGGAUGGUGAUAGACAUCGUCAAGUUCUUCUUCAUCUACACCCUGGUGCUCUUCGCCUUCGCUUGCGGGCUCAACCAAUUGCUCUGGUACUUCGCUGAACUGGAGAGAAGGAAGUGUUACACUGGCUUCGGAAGCCCCUCCUGGGACGCAGCCAGUGAAUCCUGCUUAAGAUGGCGAAGGUUCAGCAGUGUCUUCGAGUCCUGCCAGAGUCUGUUUUGGGCCAGUUUCGGUGGCAUUGGCAUAGAAAGCUUUGAACUCACUGGGAUCAAGUCUUACACCAGAUUCUGGGGGCUGCUGAUGUUCGGAUCGUACUCCGUGAUCAACGUGAUCGUCUUGCUGAACCUCUUGAUAGCUAUGAUGAGCAACAGCUACGCCAUGAUUGAGGAACGCGCGGACACAGAGUGGAAGUUCGCAAGAACGAAGCUGUGGAUGAGCUACUUUGAGGAAGGCGGCACACUUCCACCCCCGUUCAACAUCUUCCCACCGCCUAAGCUGUUGCUCAGGCUGUGCGGCUUACAGAGGAAACGGGUCACCAGACAGACGAGCGAUUACAAGCGAACGAACGAUUACAAGUACGGGGCGGUUAUGAGGGCCCUGAUAUGGCGAUACGUCGUGAACGCACAUUCCGAGCACGAAAUGGAUCCUGUUACCGAGGACGACGUUCACGAGCUCAAGUCAGACCUGUCCUCCUGGCGGUGCGAGCUGCUCGAAAUCCUCAGGAGGAACGGCAUGGACAUCAAUGGCGCCGACACCAAGGAAAGAACUGUUCUAGGCAAGAGAAUGAAGGUUUGGGAAAGGAGGCUGAUGAAGGACUUUCACGUAGCAGCCCCAGUCACGGGAUCCGAAGUCGACGAGCAGGCGACGACCCUUCAGCCACCCGCUGAAGGCGAGGACAACGUUGCCAGAUGGAAGAGAAUCGCCAAAUUGGCCGUAUUGCGAUCGACUAGUAAUCGUUGGAGCCAGCUAGUGGACAGCGCUAUCAAGAGUUCUCAAAUCGGCAAGAGCAACAGCAUGGCAUCCAUGCAGAGUCAAAUAAGCCUAAAGAAAGCCAUGGAGGAAGCGCAGAAGCUGACCAACAAAAGCCCCUUGCCGCCCGUGUCGCCUAUCGAGCUGCCUGAAAGCACAGCCUCGACGAUCCUUCAUGUUUUGCAGGACAUAGUAGAGACUGACGAAUCUUCUCAAGAAACAUUCUCUGAUCCUCCUAAACUGACGGUGUCGCUCGAUCCUAGUGCAAACGUUGUUAAGCCCAAGCCCGUGAUAACGAUGGACUACGUCGACGAGAAGCCCGCCAAACAUACACCGCCGGUUCCGCAUCGUACGCCAUCUCGCAGCGUCAGGAGGAAGCCUGAGAACUCGCAGGCAAACUACCAAAACUCAUCAGAAGCACCAACGCUGUCCGUGCAAUCCAUCAACGCUUCCAGAGUUCCGUCCAGUUCAUCGAGAUCUGGCAAUCAACCCAACGCGGCCACAGAUUCCAAGCUAUCUGUGCCUAACGAUAGUAGAACGAUCAAAUCGCGAUUAAAGCCUACAGUGAGUCCCAAAAAGAUGUCGAAUUUAGGGACGUCGGGCACACCGGAGGACAAGGAAAAGCUCGUAGAUAUCAUGCCGAAAUCACCUCGAUUUGCGACCAGUAGAUCGCCUAGAAAAGGAGGCUGGCUAUGAAGCACCGUAUCGUAAAAUAGUUACUUCCAUCGAACGUGAUCGUUCAAAGCAAUCAUGUACCAUGCAUCAUCUUAACAGUAUGGAAUCGUACAACUAACUUUUUUUAUUGUCGGAUGUAAAACGUUAGGGCAGCAACGUGAACAAAGGAACCUGCGCUUUCGAAUAUUUUUACAUCGUGUGGGAAUAAAUUAGCAUUGAAAGGAGA